AUGGAGCCGCGGGUCUGGCGGCCGAAGUUCUUUAAUCCUUUUUCGGAACGUCGGACGCUGAGAAGACACCUGCCCAUCUACCGCGGCUUUUUCCGCGUUAUGCCGCUGCACCGGUGGAGCCUGAAGGAUCUCCAGGCGAUUCUUGGUUAUGCUGCGUUGCAUCCGUCACUUUUUGGCUUUCCAGAGCAGUCUACUUGUAUCGUGAACACAGCGUACUUUCUUCCUUCUCACCGUAGCCGCUCCCGUGGGAUUUGGGUGUUUGGUUCAGAAAGGGGGUGUAAGAGCAUUAUCGUACCUGCAUCCUGUAACACGGAGCCUUUUGAUGCCUUGGAUGCAAAGUUGAUGGAACCACUGUUUCGUUGGAAUCCUGGUGUUGAAUAUCUUUAUCUUUCUCGUUUUUGCCAGCCAAUGGCGUUGUAUCUGGUGCCCUACUUGCAGAGGUGCACACAGCUCCGCACGCUCACGUUGGAGGGAUGGGACGAUGCGACAGCAAUUCAUCGGGUGGUGAUGGCGUGCAAAAACGUGGACGUUUUGGAUGCAUUUUCUUUGGAUGAUCCACCACGUAAAUGGAAGAAUGAAUUGUCUGUUCAGUCUCUCAACACACUCAUUGAGAUGCACCCAAAACUCAUCUGUGUGAAGGCUACACGGGUUUACCUUGCGGAUUGGCAUGAGGCAACACAGUUUUCACGGUGUAAACACAAUAUUGCGCUUGUUACAUUUUCAUGCGAUUAUGUGCUUUUGCACUACGGGCUGUUUUUACUUUUACUGUGUAUUCCGUGCUAUUUUGUCUUUAAAGGAAUGUGGCGGCUUUUGGAGGGCAUGUUGAUUCCUGCGUAUCAGUUUUUUUGGUCGGUGAUUGCUGCCGUUGUUGUUUUUGCAGCCUUAGUGGGCUUGGACGUGGGAGUUUGGCACACAUAUGGCCGUGGUUGGGUACAAAUGCAGAAGUAUGUUAUUUUGGCGAGACGACGGUGGGAUGCUGCGAUGAGGUUGCAACAGAAGUCACUUACGGUGUCAUGA